AUGUUUUUAUUCAUCUACAUUGUGACAAUGGUGGGCAACCUGCUCAUUGUGGUGACUGAUUUUGCCAGCCCCUCCCUGGGCUCCCUGAUGUACUACUUCCUUGCCUAUCUAUCACUCAUGGAUGCAGUUUAUCCCACUGCCUCUUCACUCAAGUUGAUUAUAGACUUACUCUAUAAUAAAAAGACAAUUUCCUUCCCAGCUUGCCUGGGACAGCUCUUUCUAGAACACUUAUUUGGAGGUGCUGAGGUCUUCAUUCUGGUGGCAAUGGCCUAUGAUCGCUAUGUGGCCAUUUGUAAGCCGCUGUACUACUUGACUGUCAUGAAUAGACAGAUUUGCAUCCUGCUGGUGGUGGUGGCAUGGGUGGGAGGGUUUUUGCUCUCUAUAGUUCAACUUCUCUUUGUAUAUAGUCUCCCCUUUUGUGGCCCCAAUGUCAUUUACUGCUUCGUCUGUGACAUGUACCCAUUACUGGAACUUGCCUGCACUGACACCUACUUUCUAGGCUUCACUGUGGUUGCCAAUGGUGGAGCAAUCUGUAUGGUCAUCUUCAUCCUUCUUUUGAUCUCCUAUGGAGUGAUCCUGAAUUCCCUUAAAACUCACAGUCAGGAAGGGAGGCGCAAAGCCCUGUCUACCUGCAGUUCCCACAUCAUGGUGGUUGUCCUGUUUUUUGUUACCUGUAUUUUCAUGUAUGCUAGACCUGUUUAA